GCCCUGGGAAGGCGGACUUACGCCGUGGGGCUGGCGACAUGGAGCCCUUCUACCAGCAAACGCACAAGUGAGGGCACCGGUGGGGCGAAGCCAGGCUGGGCGAGGCCGGCCUCCCCGGCUGGGGCCUUGGGCAUCCACCAGCGUGGAGGCCGAGCCCCUCUGCCGGGGCGCUGCCGGGGGCAGCUCCCUGGCUGACGGAGGGUUAGCCCUGGGUCCCCAGACGGUGGGCCAGAUGGUUCCUGUGAUCUUCCAGGCGUGACUACCUGCUGGGUAGACUAGGCAGGUCCAUGAGAUCCAGUCUCACAUGGGACGCCUGGAGACGGCAGACAAGCAGUCUGUGCACUUAGUAGAAAACGAAAUCCAAGCAAGCAUAGACCAGAUAUUCAGCCAUCUAGAACGUCUGGAGAUUUUGUCCAGCAAGGAGCCCCCUAACAAAAGACAGAAUGCCAAACUUCGUGUUGACCAGUUAAAGUAUGAUGUCCAGCACUUGCAGACUGCUCUCAGAAACUUCCAGCAUCGGCGAUACACAAGGGAGCAGCAGGAGAGACAGCGAGAGGAGCUUCUGUCUCGCACCUUCACCACCAAUGACUCUGCCACCACCAUACCAAUGGAUGAAUCCCUGCAGUUUAACUCCUCCCUCCAGAACAUUCACCAUGGCAUGGAUGACCUCAUUGGAGGCGGGCACAGUAUUCUGGAGGGACUGAGAUCCCAGAGACUGACCUUGAAGGGGACUCAGAAGAAGAUCCUGGACAUUGCCAACAUGCUGGGCUUAUCCAACACGGUGAUGCGGCUCAUUGAGAAGCGGGCUUUCCAGGACAAGUACUUCAUGAUCGGGGGGAUGGUCGUCACCUGUGUGGUCAUGUUCCUCGUGGUGCAGUACCUGACGUGAGCCGGCCAAGCCCAGCAGCUGAAUGGCGUCCCAGUGCAUGAGCGUGUGUGAGUGUGUGUGCGUGAAAGUGGGAGGGCUGCCCAGAGGCUCCCUUUUGAAAUGUGUGUCCCUUGUAACUGUGAAGGCCACUCCGAAGUCAAUGAGAUCUGUAACCUCGUGGGA